AUGCUCAGUGUUAUCCACAACAGAAACCUCCUCCCCUCCGAUAAUUUUGGCGAUUGCCACCUGACUUCGGGCAUCAGUGAUGAAUUCCCCUCUCAACUUUCUAAAGAGUCUAGUGUUGAAACAACUAGAAGCAAAACAUCACGGAAAGUCAGUGGUGUAGGAAUAGUUACCAUCAACCGUGGCUACACCAACGAGGGCGACCAGCUCAUGGACUUAUUAGAACAUGGCAUUUUCGACGCAUUAGAAAAGCAGUACCUUCGAAGGCUUAUCUUUGCCAUAUACCUCGACAAGAGCGACCCCAACAGCAUUAUCGAAGCUUAUACGUUCAACUUUCAAUACAUAAAAGUCUCUGGCAUUGAUGUCCCUAUGCCAAUCAUGUCGCUCGGCGACCAGUUAGCAGAUAUGUCGAUCGCGGCGAUGAAUGACCCUGUUGCCAGCGCGGUAAAGCGCGGUAGCGUGCCCACUUUGGGUGAAGUGAAAAGAAGCUUAAAGGCCAUGGUCAAGACCUUGAUUAUGGCCAUGGGUAACAUGGACAACCUGCCAAAAAGCCGUUUUGCCAAUUUCAAACUCUUUUAUAACGAGAAAACACCCGAGGAAUACCAACCACCGCAUUUCCAUGAAGGUCAAUUAACAGACAAAUGGUACUUCACUACUCACAAGCAAGGUGAAACGCCGGAAGAAACCACAAUCGGUCGCCUUAACACCGGCUGGCAUAGUGUUGGCCUGAAAAUCGUCUCAGUAUCUGGAUUCCUCCCCUCGGCUACUGAAGAUAACAAUGCUCCAUUUGGCGGCUUUACCCCAACUCGUCAUGCUCAACACCUCUCUCCCGUUCAGGAGGCGGAUCUCAGGGCGCGCGACGCAGAAUUACAAAAAAGCGAUGCUAUUGCUCGUAACGUUGUAUGGGACGCCGAAGGAGAAGAAGAUGCCGAAGGCGAAGAGGUUGAAGAUGAUGGUAUUGUACUUCGACGGCUCAAUGGCAAUGGCAGUAUGAUCCCGGUAGGAAUCCGUGCUGAGGGAGGGAUCGUCCUUCCCCUUCCGCCAGUGUCACCAUCCAAGCAAAAGCAGUAUCAUGGUGCCCAAGAGCGUGCACCUGAAAGGGUUGGUGAUCUGAGGGGCCGAGGAGCAGAAUUGGAGACGACCCAGAUUAUUGCUGCCACGGAGGAUGUCGCAAUGGACUCUUCGCAACCUACCCCGCGCAGAAACUCGUUUUCCCUCCCUCCCUCAGAUAUGGAGACCCUGUCUACCUUCACGACCCAGGACGCAAAUAUGCUGGAGCCGACCGCGGAUGUUCACGAUAUACAAGUUGCAGACCAGGAUAUGCUAGAUUUAGAAACGCAGCCUAGACUAGGCGGAGACAUCGAGGUUCCCUCUACCUCCAAAAGUCUUCCUAAGGUAUCCGCUAGUGGCGCUAACAAGGAAGAGGGCCGUUUAGAUUGUCAUUGUGGCAUUGACGUCGAGGAUGUGUCGUUAUUCUGCGAAGGAGGCUGUCGUCGCUGGUAUCAUAUCUGGUGCAUGGGAUAUCACAGCGCGAAGGACAAGCGUCUACCCGAGAAGUUCUUAUGCUUUGAGUGUAGAUUGCAACAAAGACAAGACUGGGACUUGAUCAACGAUCGGCAUCUUGAUGAUGCGAGAGGGGAAUACACAACCCUUACUCUGUUCAGGAGAGCCGUCAAAGUCUUCGAAGUCCAUCGGCCAACAACAGCUUCCCGAUUCAGAACGUUGACGGGAUGUGAUGCUACGUUAACUGGACAGCUACUGACCAAGCUCGAAGAAGAAGGAUUCAUUUCCAAGCAAGCCACCGUCACGAACGAGAUUGGGGAGAUGACUACUCAAGCACAGGCGAAGAAGGGGAAGAAAGUCAACAAGAAGAAGGGUGGAAAGCAACAAAAGGAAAUCCAGAAAACCCGAUAUGCGUUCAAUCAUUUAUCGAAGAGGUCCAAGGCAUACAGAGACUAUUUCGACCCUACCCCAGAGGUUGAAUGUCGUCUUAAUCAUUUUGAGCCGAUCGAGUCGACAAGUGCUAUGGGUGAACAAGACUCUCGCACAGAGAUCAAUAAAGGUCAAUACCAGUCUUCACCUGAUACAAAGACUGCGAUGCGAUCAAAGAAACGCAAGUCAUCAGCAGAGAAACCUCAAGGAAAGAAGAUCAAGAUCUCCGUCGGCGCGGCAGUGGACCUUGGUGACUGA